AUUACAAAAAAUGGUGAAUUUUCUUCUGGAAAUUUUUAUAUUUUGCUAUGUUGUUGUAUUAGUUUCUGGAUUUUCAGAAAAUCUCGAAACGUCGUCGUUUAAUGAAGGAUAUUCACAACUUUUUGGUCAUGAUAAUCUUAUGGUCAUUCAAGAUGGAAAAUCAGUUCAUAUUUCUCUAGAUGAAAGAACAGGAGCUGGAUUUGUGUCACAAGACUUGUACCUUCAUGGCUUAUUCAGUGCUUCUAUUAAAUUACCAGAAGAUUACACUGCUGGAGUGGUGGUUGCAUUUUAUAUGUCAAAUGGAGACAUGUUUGAGAAGAAUCAUGAUGAAAUUGACUUUGAGUUUUUGGGAAAUAUUAGAGCAAAAAAUUGGAGGAUUCAAACUAAUAUUUAUGGAAAUGGUAGCACAAAUGUUGGUAGAGAAGAAAGAUAUGGACUUUGGUUUGAUCCAACUGAAGAUUUUCAUACAUAUACAAUUCUUUGGACUGACAGCCACAUCAUCUUUUAUGUAGAUAAUGUACCUAUAAGAGAGAUCAAGAGAACACAAGCAAUGAGUGAGGACUUCCCUUCUAAGCCAAUGUCUUUAUAUGGUACAAUAUGGGAUGGCUCUAGUUGGGCUACUAAUGGGGGUAAAUACAAAGUCAAUUACAAAUAUGCCCCUUACGUCGCGAAGUUCUCCGAUUUCGUCCUCCAUGGAUGUGGUGUUGAUCCAAUUGAAUUGUCUCCCAAGUGUGAUAUAGUCCUGGAUUCUGCAUCCAUCCCAACUAGAAUAUCCCCUGACCAAAGGCGAAAAAUGGAGAGGUUUCGAAACAAGUACUUGCAAUAUUCAUAUUGCUAUGACCGGACACGAUACAAUGUUCCUCAAUCUGAAUGUGUGAUUGAUCCUAAGGAAGCUAAUCGCCUCCGAGGAUUCGACCCUAUGACCUUUGGUGGUGUCCCUCGUCAUCAGAACAAACGACACCACCAAAGGCAAUCGAGGAGGGAAGAUACGUCCGCGAAAUAAGAGAGAAGGAUAUUGUAGCUUCUUGUUGAUAUCUUGUGUCCACUUUGAUUGAAGAUAUGGUGAUUUUUCACAGUGAAUAGAGAAUUCAAAAGAGAAAAGAGAGGUAAAUGGGAUUUUUAGUAUUUACUAUUAUGUAUAUUUUUCAUGAAUCAUGAUGGGGUAUGUAUAUUUUAUAUAUAUAUAUAUAUAUAUAUAUAUAUAUAUAUAUAUAUAUUUUUAGUUUGUUUUGUUGAUGUUUAGUACUAUUUGGAAUUCUAUUGUUUAUUCAA